AUGGCUAUUGUAAUCCACCACCAAUGGUUUCACCAAGUCGUUGGCAUUGAACGGCGCGGGCGAGACGGUAUUGAUGGAGGAGCCAUGCUCUACAAAGCCCUACAUGAAGGGGGUUCAUCCUACCUAAAUGCACAAGACUACAUAAAUUUUCACAAUCUGUGUCCAAUGUCCCAGAAAGCACGCACCAUUCUAUACGACAAAGUGCGUCAGAUCAAAUGGGAAGUGCGCACCUACGUCAAAGCCUUGAUGCAGAACAAGACUCAGCUUGAGCUCGACUCGGGAGAUCCGAUUGACCAUCUUCUUUGCACCAAGGUGACCGCAGCGGACCAACCCUGGAAUAGUGAUGACGAUGACAGUACCUUUAUGCCUUCAUUUUUGUCGGACAGCGAUGACGACGAUAUGGAGGUCGAAAAGGAGGGAGGAAUUCCGCCUGGCGUACCUGACACGCUUGGGACCAACUUCCAUCCACCUGGCAGCGAACAGACGGUUGAUCAGUCUUGA